AGUGUGAAACCUCUUUAAGACAGCAUUGGGCUGCUUGGUUCUGACAUUCUGGAGUGCAAAACCGUGCUACUAGGAUCCUGGGGAUACAUGAAGCUUCUGUGAACCAACUUUUCAAGAAAAAGCAAUGGAGAUUGGAUGGAUGCACAAUCGGAGACAAAGGCAAGUCCUUGUUUUCUUUGUUUUGCUGAGCUUGUCUGGGGCGGGCGCCGAGUUGGGGUCCUAUUCCGUAGUGGAAGAAACGGAGAGAGGCUCUUUUGUGGCAAACCUAGGAAAAGACCUGGGGUUGGGGUUGACAGAGAUGUCCACCCGGAAGGCCAGGAUCAUUCCCCAGGGGAACAAACAGCAUUUGCAGCUCAAGGUUCAAACUGGGGAUUUGCUCAUAAAUGAGAAGCUAGAUCGAGAGGAGCUAUGCGGUCCCACUGAGCCUUGCAUACUACAUUUCCAAGUGUUAAUGGAAAAACCUUUAGAAAUAUUUCAGGCUGAACUGAGGGUGGUAGAUAUAAAUGACUAUUCUCCCAUGUUCACUGAGAAGGAAAUGAUUCUAAAAAUACCGGAAAACAGUCCUCCAGGAACUGAGUUCCCUCUCAAUCAUGCUUUGGACUUGGACGUAGGAAGCAAUAAUGUUCAAAACUAUAAAAUCAGCCCAAAUUCCCAUUUUGGGGUUCUAACCAGAGAACGCAAUGAUGGCAGGAAAUAUCCUGAGCUAGUGUUGGAUAAAGAGCUGGAUAGGGAGGAGGAGCCUCAACUAAAAUUAACCCUGACAGCGCUGGAUGGCGGCUCUCCAUCGCGAUCUGGAACUGCUCAGGUCCGCAUUGAAGUGGUGGACAUCAAUGAUAACGCCCCUGAGUUUGAGCAGCCCAUCUACAAAGCUCAGAUUCCAGAGAACAGCCCUCUUGGCUGCCUGGUUGCCACCGUCUCCGCCAGGGAUUUAGACAGCGGAGCCAAUGGGAAAAUAUCAUACACACUCUUUCAGCCUUCAGAGGAUAUUAGUAAAACUUUGGAGGUAAAUCCUAUGACAGGGGAAAUUCGACUGAGUAAACAAGUAGAUUUCGAAACGGUUACGUCUUAUGAAGUGGACAUCAAAGCCACAGAUGGGGGAGGUCUUUCAGGAAAGUGCACUCUUCUCCUGCAGGUGGUGGAUGUGAAUGACAAUCCCCCACAGGUGACCAUGUCUGCACUCACCAGCCCCAUCCCAGAGAACUCGCCUGAGAUAGUAGUUGCUGUUUUCAGCAUUAAAGACAGAGACUCUGGAGACAAUGGAAAGACAAUUUGCUAUGUUCAAGAUAAUCUGCCUUUUUUUCUGAAACCGUCUGUUGACAAUUUUUACAUCCUAAUGACUGAAGGUGCACUGGACAGAGAGAGCAAAGCUGAGUACAACAUCACCAUCACCGUCACUGAUUUGGGGACACCCAGGCUGAAAACCGAGCACAGCAUAACACUGCAGGUCUCCGACGUCAAUGACAACGCCCCCGCCUUCACCCAAACCUCCUACACCCUGUUCGUCCGCGAGAACAACAGCCCCGCCCUGCACAUCGGCAGUGUCAGCGCCACAGACAGAGACUCAGGCACCAACGCCCAGGUCACCUACUCGCUGCUGCCGCCCCAGGACCCGCACCUGCCCCUCGCCUCCCUGGUCUCCAUCAACGCGGACAACGGCCACCUGUUCGCCCUCAGGUCGCUGGACUACGAGGCCCUGCAGGCGUUCGAGUUCCGCGUGGGCGCCACAGACCGCGGCUCCCCGGCGCUGAGCAGCGAGGCGCUGGUGCGCGUGCUGGUGCUGGACGCCAACGACAACUCGCCCUUCGUGCUGUACCCGCUGCAGAACGGCUCCGCGCCCUGCACCGAGCUGGUGCCCCGGGCGGCCGAGCCGGGCUACCUGGUGACCAAGGUGGUGGCGGUGGACGGUGACUCGGGCCAGAACGCCUGGCUGUCGUACCAGCUGCUCAAGGCCACGGAGCCCGGGCUGUUCGGCGUGUGGGCGCACAAUGGCGAGGUGCGCACCGCCAGGCUGCUGAGCGAGCGCGACGCGGCCAAGCACAGGCUGGUGGUGCUGGUCAAGGACAAUGGCGAGCUUCCGCGCUCGGCCACCGCCACGCUGCACGUGCUCCUGGUGGACGGCUUCUCCCAGCCCUACCUGCCGCUCCCGGAGGCUGCCCCGGCCCAGGCCCAGGCCGACUCGCUCACCGUCUACCUGGUGGUGGCGUUGGCCUCGGUGUCUUCGCUCUUCCUCCUCUCGGUGCUCCUGUUCGUGGCGGUGCGGCUGUGCAGGAGGAGCAGGGCGGCCUCGGUGAGUCGCUGCUCGGUGCCCGAGGGUCCUUUUCCAGGGCAUCUGGUGGACGUGAGCGGCACCGGGACCCUGUUUCAGAGCUACCAGUAUGAGGUGUGUCUGACUGGAGGUUCAGAGACCUGCGAGUUCAAGUUCUUGAAGCCGAUUACCCCCCACCUCCCUCCCCAAAGCGGUGGGAAAGAAAUAGAGGAAAAUUCUACUCUCCACAAUAGCUUUGGAUUUAAUUAUUGAACGGAACCCAUUUAAUAAAGACAUUUACUUCUUUAAUA